AUGGCAUUGAAGUGCUAUGAUAUGGUUAACAUGUAUGUCUCCGCCGGCUUACAAGACAAGACCUACCUCCUGGGGUUGUUCAUCAUCCUUCAGACCAUCGGCACGGUGUUGGUUUGCCUGCGGGGCUUCUCACUGUUUCUGCUGAUGCGGGUGUGCCAGCUGGGGGCGGCGGUGGUGCUCAGGUCCGCGGUGUUCAGAUACCUGAAGCUGAUGCUCUCCGCGGGCGACUUUGCCCAGCUGGAGACCAUGUUCAUCGGCUUUUGGUCGUACAUUUCAACCAUGACAGGAUUCUGUGGGGUGCUAUGUGGCAGAGACAGCACUCCAGCCAGGGGAGCUGCGGAGCUGCAGUUCGGGGGGGAGCAGCCGUACCAGCUGCCGGUACAGCUGGUGGGGCGAUUCAUAGCAGGGGCAGAGGCAGCUCAGCGACUGCCUCACUGGCACCGGCAGCAGCUGGUUCAGGAGGAGAGGCGCACGGAUCCACACAGCUGCUGGCUGGGGCUGGGGCUGGGGCUGGGCAGCUGUCCCGGCAGGGAGACCAUCAUCCAGGCAGCUCCGAUGCUGCAGCAGCCCCAGCCCCACACAGCUCCCCACUUGGCCCACCAAAUCGAGGAUCACACCCAGAACCGCUCCUAUGAGCGACAGGAACCCUUAUUGGACAAUAUCUCAUCAGAACAAACCCGGUGGUGCCAGCAGGAGCAGCAGGAGCAGCAACAGGUCGCUAACCGCCACUUGACAUCGAGUCAGGCCACUGUAUCCUCCAGGGUUCAUGAUGGGUUUGCACUGGUCCCCGUGAAACAGAGCAUAGGGGCUGCUGCUGCUGCUGGUGCAUCAUCCCAUCAGUCAGCAGCAAUAGUAAUGCAGGUCCAGCAUUUGCCGCAACAGGGAGCAGCAUGUGGUCAAGCACUGAUACUCCAGCAGCAUAUUGCACCAAAGGAUAGCAGGAAAAAACGAGUGCAUGCAUUGGGAGUGCAUACAGGCAGUGGAGCAGCUCCCAGCAGUCUAACAUCUUCACAGCAGCCGGAGUCAACUCCUCUUCAGUCACAACUUGCUGCUGUACAAGAGCACCUGCUCCAUCCCAAUGACCAGCUGCAACUCCGGUUGCAGCAACUACAACAACGGAACAAGGCACUUUUGUCAUGGAAGCUGCAGCAGUGCGCUGCUGGAGCCCAGCAGCAAUCAGUGCAAAAGCAGCAGCAGGUACCAUUGGCUGUGGUGGGUGUACCGCAACAGCCACUGCAAGUUGGAGCGGUGGCCACCUCAUCACUGACCACAGCUGAGGGGGAGCCUCAAGUGCCAAGCAGCUGGGCCCAGCUUGGCACCUCCCCAGCUGUGGUAGUACCUGCAACCACAUCUAGUACCGCUAAAGGAGAUCAUGUUCAGCACAGAAUGGCAGAGCCAUUUACAUUUGAGGCAGCCUCCACUCGUGUGGGUGCACAAGACGAGGGCAGUGGUAAUGUCAUUGCCAACAGGGUUGUGCACGGUUUGUCCCAGUCACCAUUGCACCAGUUAUCCUCGCCCCCAAUUCAGAUGCAGCUGUUGCAGAGUCAGAAGGACGCUGCUGUAGAUGAGUGGAUAGCAGGCAGGGUGGCGAUCGUGUGGAAUGAGGGUACUCAUAUGGGGGCAGGGGGUGAUACUGGUAUGGGCCAAGGUGCUGCGGUCAAUAGAGGAGUGACGCAUGGUGAUGGGGCUCUUUCAACAGUUGGGCCGACGCAAUUGAAGCUUGAUGAUACUCUGGUUGUUAGGCACCAAGAGGAUGGUGCAGGCAGAACACUAGGAGCUGUAGGUAGAGGCGGCAAUGGGUUACUCACUGAAAAGGAUUCUGCAGACCCUGCCUUCGUAUUUCGGGGCACCCUUAUCCGUCCCCUUGCCGUUACCCUAGCUGUCUUCUCAGUGGGUCGCUUAGGUUCAGCAGCCCCCACGGGCAUCCAACGGAAUCGGCCAGAUCAACGGCGCCUCAACUCCAUUCCUGGUCAGCUUGCAGGUCAAUUUCAUCCCAGGUCACCACCAUCCUUCGACUAG